GUGGGCGAACCCCCACAAAUCCACAAUCCCACCCCCUCCCUGACCCACGCGUGCCCCCCCAGGUGGGUGAACUCUCUGCAGCCGGCGCGGGUGACGCGCUGGGGCGGCAUGAUCUCCACGCCCGACGCCGUGCUGCAGGCCGUCAUCAAGCGCUCGCUGGUGGAGAGCGGCUGCCCGGCGUCCAUCACCAACGAGCUGAUCGAGAACGCCCACGAGCGCAACUGGCCGCAGGGGCUGGCCACGCUGGAGACACGCCAGAUGAACCGGCGCUACUACGAGAACUACGUGGCCAAGCGCAUCCCCGGCAAGCAGGCCGUGGUGGUGAUGGCCUGCGAGAACCAGCACAUGGGCGAGGACAUGGUGCUGGAGCCGGGGCUCGUCAUGAUCUUCGCUCACGGGGUGGAGGAGAUCUGAGGAAAAUUCACCUUGGGAUGGCAGGGGGUGUCCUGGACUUUUUGGGUUUGUGAUUUUCGUUCAUGGAGUGGAGGAGAUCUGAGGAAAAUUCAACUAGGGAUGGCAGGGGUGUCCUGGACUUUUAGGGUUUGUGAUUUUCCCUCAUGGCAUGGAGGAGAUC